AUUGGCGUUGAACAUUAGGCGGCCCAGGGUUGUGUGGGCGCGCCAGGGAGCUAUGUGGUGACAUACGGGAUGUAUGCUGGAUGAUGAGAACUCGCUGAUGUGGCAUAUUAAGCCAAGGUGGAACCGCAUUCUGCUGUUGGUUGUGCUGAGGCAAAGACCGGUCAUCAUAAUUGCACAUCAGGUUACCGGUGAGAAAUCUGUGGUUGGGGGCAGCAUUUAUGAGAAUGCGAAUGCAUACUUCAACAGAGGCUCUGCAUACGACAGCUUGGGAGAUUUUGACAGAGCCAUUGCUGACUACACACAUGCCCUUGAACUGGAUAUGGCCCAGUCUGGGGAUGGUGAGCAAUCCAGGAGUGUGUCUGCGGCCUCAACAGCCCGAAUGGGAAGUGUCUCCGGCCCAGCUCAAAAGGCAAUCGUUGCAGCUGAACAGAAGUCUCGAGAAAAACAGAAGCGCUGAUUGUCACUGUUCAACUACUUUGCAGAAUCAAAAGAGAAAUCCCAUUUCAGAAUUUUCAGUCUAAUAGCAUUCAAGCCAUAGCCUUCUGGCCUGUGAUCACGUCAGACCAAGUGAUCCACUCAGACAGCUUAUGGAGAGAGACAAGCUACGACUGCCUAGAGUCAUUUAUCUUCUCUAGAUUAGUGUCUCUGGACUCGAAAGUAAACAGAUCUGAUCUAAAUGAAAAGCCAGCACUAGU